AUGACCCAGCCGGCCAGUUCCGGUAGUCCAGAGGAGGUCGCAGGAUGGAUCGAUGGCCCGUCCUGGGCUCCCCACGAUUCGGAUGCCACAGACCCCAAGCUGCUGCGAGAGCACUCCGAGGUCAAGUCAUAUCGCACGUCUCGCUUCACUUAUCCUGGAGUCCGCGUCUUCUAUCGACGACAUCGGCAGGCUGAGCAACUCCCGCACCCAUCUCUACCGCUUCUCGUCUUCGUCCACGGUUUGGGAGGGUCGGUCGCCCAGUUUUACCCUCUUCUCACCAGCCUUGUCCAUCUGUCCUCUUGCCUUGCCAUCGAUCUGCCAGGCUGCGGUCGGUCCAAGUUUGACCCCGCGGGCUGGGAGGCAUACUCUUUUGAGGCCCUGGUCGAACUGCUCGAAGUCAUCAUCGAGGAGUAUCGACGGAAGGAUGUUGAGGGGACCGUCGUCCUUAUCGGCCACAGCCUCGGCAGUGCUUUCUGUGCGCGUCUCGCAAGCCACGCUACCCCAGAGAGGACGUCCCUUUCUGAGCAUGUCGUCGGCCUAGUUGGUAUCUGUCCUCCAGGCCCAUUACCGGAAGAGAAGGUCACGCUCUUCAGGAGACUUCUUUGGACUCCGGGAUGGCUAUUUGACCUCUGGCGGGCGUGGGAUCGUCGAGGUGGUCCCUACAGCGCGAGCGUGACUCGUUUUGUUGGGAAAGGAGGCAGUCUGCAACUGCGCAAGAUGCAGGAUCGUUUCAACACUCAGAGUCGCACCCCUGUCUGGCGUCGUGUGGCAUGGGGCACGUUGCCGACCUUUGAGGACGGCAUCGCCAAGGGUGGCAUGUCUGGGGAAGAUGUGUGGGCUGGUCUCAACGUUCCGGUAUUUCUGGUUGCAGGCGAGGACGACCAUGUCACAUCCCCCAACGAGGUCAAAAGGAUCGAACAGUCUAUUACCAAGCGGUCGCCGCCUCCAGCGGAACCUGGCGACGAGAGUGAGGGCAUACCGGACUCCGCAGCGCCGGUCAACACCUCGACCACGCUUUCGGAACAUCUCCCACAGCGGAUUGAGGAUAUUGCCCAGGAGGACUUCACGAGGGACCGGAGCAUUGCGAACCGAGGUGACAGCCAAGACGACCCUUCUACCCCGCAGGAGACCCCGACAAGCGUGCCGCCACAACCUCGUCAUCCGGCCGGGACGUUCAAGGCCGUCGUCAUGCCGUCCCCCGCUAACCAUGCUCUGCUCUAUAUGCCGGCCACGGUGCGCAUCCUCAGUGGUCUGAUAUCGGACUUUUUACAGAACCAUGUCUCGGGCCGCCUCUCUCUAGGCUGGCAGCUACAGUACCUCUCUCGGGAGGGGAAAUGGGACGUCAAAAAUUUCGAGAAAUGGAGAAAAGUAGCGCCCGUCUCGGCCCCCAUUGGCCGACCAGGCGCACCGGUCUUCCGAGCCAUGAAGACCCUCCGUGAGGCUGACGACGUGCACAGCCCUGCCGUCUUCGUCAAGAAAUGGGGUGAAAUUAUCAGGACGGUCAUCGAUAUCAGCCAUGACCAACCGGUGUACGAUCCCCUUACGAUGGAGAAGGGCGGCGUUUCCUACCACAAGUUUGCUACGGUGUCGAAGAUCCCUCCGAGGGAUGGCGAAGUCGACUCGUUCAUACAGGUCGUCGACCGGAUUCGCAGCGAGAAGCAAAAGUCCCCGUCACUGGACGAGGGUGUGAGCGAAAACGAAGAGGAUGAUGCGGUAGACGAUGAGAAGAAAGAGGUUAUCGGCGUUCACUGCCAUUAUGGUUUCAACCGGACCGGAUACUUCCUCGUGUGCUAUCUAGUGGAGCGGUGCGGGUUCGAAGUUCAGGAGGCCAUUGAUACCUUUGCAGCGGCGAGGCCUAAUGGAAUCCGGCACUCGCAUUUCUUAGACCAUCUUUUUGUACGAUACUCGGGCUUAUCCAAGGGUAAGGACAGGGCAUGA